AAACUUCUUUGUUAUACAAACGCAACAUCCAAUUCUCGAAAUAACUUAAUUUCAGUUAAAUCAAUUCAAAGUUAACAAAUUGAUCCAUCGAUAAUACCUUCACUUCAAUAUGCGUCUUUCAACAAUUUCCAUUCUUGCUCUCGCAUCCAGCGUUCUCGCAGCUGAAGUUAAGAUUGAGGUUACAAAGGCUGUAGAGUGUGAGCGCAAGACUCAAAAGGGUGAUAAGAUCCAUGUUCAUUACAGAGGAAACCUUGAAGAGGAUGGAAAGGUUGGAAAAGAGUUUGAUGCUUCCUACAACCGCGGUAAACCUUUAAGCUUUGUUGUUGGAAAGGGUAGUGUUAUUAAAGGGUAUGUAUUGCUCGGAGAUAUGAGGCUAUGAGAAGAAUAAGGGAAACGCUAAUUAAUCACUGGCAGAUGGGAUGAUAAUCUUCUUGAUAUGUGUAUCGGUGAAAAGAGAGUUCUUACUAUUCCUCCUGAAUUCGGUUAUGGUGAUAGAGCUAUGGGUCCAAUCCCAGCAAAGAGUACAUUGAGUAUGUGAAAUUCGUCACUGAACAUUCCCAACCAUUGGUUCCUUUUCAAACUUCAACCUUUCAAACUAUACUAACCUCGUUUUCUCAUCCAGUUUUCGAGACCGAACUGAUGGGCAUUGAAGGAGUCCCCAAACCCGAAACCAUCAUCGAAAAGACUUCCUCCUCAUCAGAUGCCGCUGAUACAGCAACCGAUAGCGCAUCAUCUCUAUCAGACAAGGCCACCGAAAAAGCUACUGAAGCAGCAAAAGGAGGUGUGAAAAGCGCUAUUUCUGAAGCCGCUGAGGCUGUCAAGACAGCUCUUGCUGAUACUGAUGGUGAUGGACAGGAGCACAACGAGUUGUAGAUUCGACAAAUGAAAAUGAAAAUGAGCAAAGGAUUUUGAAACAUGGUCAUGAGGCUCCACAUAGUAAUGGUCAUGAAUUGUGAUUAUUUUGUGAUGAUAAUAAUUGGAGGAGGAUGUGGGAGAAGGUCGAAAUGUGGCAGGGUAUACCAUUUGAAAGAAGUUGUUUGGGAUAAAACAGUAGAUGAAAUAUAAUAGCUGCGUCUUUGCUUGCGAA